AUGGCGAGCUCACUUCAAACGCCCGACUUAAUUAUCAACCUGACCGCAGAACCUGAUGCACUUCUUUACACCUAUAGCUACGCGGAAACAGUGGUCAUCACUGCUCUCUACCCCAUAAUCCUUGCAUUGGGCCUCUUUGGAAACUUUGCCUUCCUCUUCACGAUAGCUCGCGUCCGCCGCAUGCGAACGGAGAUCAACGUCUACCUGGGUAGUCUGGCCUUCACCGCAGUGGUGCUGCUGGUGGUGGGAAUAUCGUCCACAUUGGCUCGGUACAGGGCGAGCCCCGUGCCCAUCGACUCCACCUCCUUCGGCCCUGUCGGCUGCGCUGCAGUCUCCUUCCUGCAAGAUGUCUCCACCUGGGCCGCCCACGCGUUUGGAGUGGCCGUGCCGAUCGUCCUGUACCACGCCACGUGCCGGCCUCACCUGUUCCGGCGACUGCGGGGCAUGAAACGCGCCAUCGUCACCUCUGCGUGGCUUUGGGUCGUUGUAACGUGCAUCGGGCUCUGUUUUUUACCGACAUGGUGGAAUUUCGUUUGGUAUGGUCUAGUAUGGGCGAAUCUCGAACAGUACCAGGAUUACCCGGAGGUCAUUGGAGUGUGUUCAGCCGCUGCAGAAUGGCUUGUCAUCACUCACGACCUCUUGCAGUCCACUACUUUCUUCCUCUGUGCGUUAAACGGCAACAUCAUUUUUGCAAUCAUCAUCAGAAGCCUCCGUAAGCGAUUCCGGUCGAUCGGGCUACCGUCAGGUACCGACGGCAACCGUAAGAGUGCCGGGGCGCAGGCCGUCAAACGAAAUAAGAGCCGCCGCCAGGUGUUCCGCAUGGUCGUUUUGAGUUCCGUGGCUUUCUUUGCUUUUCCGAUGCCGUACGACUGCAUCCUAUUCGCCCAGUCUGUCGCGAGGCUCACCGGCAAACGUGUCCUCGCCGACGAACAAUUCAAAGCUUUACUGUUUGCCUCGACAACUUUACUGUACGUAACACCAGCCAUCUGCCCUUAUAUCUAUGUCCUCUCUAACCCUGGCUACCGCAUCGCAGUGGUGCAGGCUUUCACGAAAAAGCCUGGAGGCAGGAGUAAUCGUUCCGUCGGAGGAGGAGCGGAGAUGUCAACAUUAGCUGGGUGA